CCUUACCGAACGUAGUUUACGUCGUUAGUAGAUCCUGACUUAGAGGAACAGUCUGUCGGCGACCUCCGGACGAGUAAAAUGGAAGAUAGCAGAGAAACACUCGAUCUAAACGAAGCAAUGAAAUCGUUACGAUGGAACAGACGAUUACUGAAAUAUCUUGGAAUAUGGCCCCUCGAGAUCUAUGAUCCACUUUUCCUCAUUAUUUUUAUUUAUCUUUUCCUCCAUUGUUCUUUGACAUUUGCCAAUUUAAUUUAUUAUAAUCAUAAAAACGAUCUCGCCGAAAUUAUCGUAAAUUUUACCGAAAAUGUUUUAUUCAUAAUGACACUCACAAAAAUAACGAUCUGCAGGAUGAAUAGAAAAUCGUUAGGACAAUUGCUCGUAGAAAUUGAAAACAAUUUCGUCGUUGAUGAUUAUAAUACAUUGGAGAAAAAAUUUAUUUUUAUGAAAUAUACUAAAUUGGCAAAAUAUUAUUUUGUAAUUGCAUUUACAUCGAUGGCCAUUGCUAUUGGAUUGUAUUACAUCUCCGGGAUGAUACCGAACGUAAAAAUCGGUAAUCGAUUCGAUUCAUUUCAUAAAAAAUAAUUUUAUUAAUGAAAGUAUGUAUAUGUUGUAUAUAUAUAUAUAUAUACUUACAUACAACA